AUGGAUAAGUUCCUGUAUACGUCUACCAUAGACGCAGAGCCUAUCCAUCGCUAUAGAAAAGGAGGCUAUCACCCUGUCUUCUUGGGAGAUGUCUUGAAUGACGGCCGAUAUAAGAUCCUGCAUAAACUGGGAUGGGGAGGAUACUCGACAGUGUGGGCUGCACAAGAUCGAAUAGAGGAAGCAUACGUCGCUGUGAAGAUAUCUGUAUCAGAAAUAAAACAUGACAGAGAACUUCAAGUCAUGAAGCAAUCGGCAUCAACUCAUCCCAGUCCAAAUAUCGUGCACAUGCUUGAUGAUUUCACUGUACAAGGCCCGAAUGGAACCCAUCAAUGCCUCGUCUUCGAGAUUCUGGGGCCUAAUAUUCCUGAUGCUGGUAUAAGACUUUCUGGGAAGAUGGCCAAAACUAUUGCAAAGCAGGCUCUCGUUGGUCUUGAUGCGCUGCAUCAGCAUAAGAUUGGACAUGGAGACUUUCAUACUCGCAAUCUUGCCUUUACCAUGCCGUGCAUGAAUCAUCUAUCAGAGACUGAAUUCAUAAACAUGCUUGGGCAACCAGAGAUCGGAGAAGUCAAAAGGAAUGACGGAAAAGCGUUCGAUGCAGGUAUUCCAAAGUAUAUCGUGAUGCCUGCGGAACAUGAGGCAUAUUCACGGUCUUCCAUCAAGAUUGUCGACUUUGGAGAGUCAUUCCUGCAUACUGCGCCUCAAACUUUGCAUACUCCAAUGUCAGUGCGGGCACCAGAGAUUAUCUUUCAAGAUCUCUUGGAUCAUCGUGUUGACUUGUGGAGUAUGGGCUGUCUGCUCUUCACUGGCCAACCCCCCUUUGACAGUUUCAUGGUGACGCCUCCGAUACUUGUCGGACAAAUGCUAGAAACGGCCAGUGAUGCUCUGCCUGAGCGAUGGCAGGAUAAAUGGAAGGCAAUGGACGAUGGAAGUGCAGAAGGAACUGGAUUGCAGGAAUGGCUGGAAGAGGUGUAUUUCGAUGGGAGGGAUAAGGACUUGACAAAGGAGGAUAUCGUCCAGUUGGGAAGAAUUGUUGCAAGACUGCUGUAUUUUGAGCCGUCUAGCAGGGCAUCAGCCAGGGAUAUUCUGGAUGAGCCUUGGUUGGAAUAG